CCGGGACGGACUGCGCACGCGCACGGAUGCUCAGCUUAGAGUCCUGGAGAAGUUUUCGUGACUCUUUGAUGGUUUCGGUCCGGGAGUACGGAGGAGGAGGAGGCAGCCCGGGAUCGGUGUGGAGAAGAGUGCAUUAAUGUAUGAUGGAUACAAGUGGCAUACCUGCAGAUGAUGGCGGCAGCCUGAUUAAGGUGAAGGAGGAAACAAAGUGUGUUUUGGAAGCCUUUUUAAAACGAUCUCUCAGUCAAGAUGAGGCGAUACACCUAGGACAUGUGGGGGGCGUAUAUCACGAUCCUAAGAAGUACUCGCACAGAACAAAUCAGGAGGAAAUAAAAGAUGACGUUACAAAAAGAGGCAAAAAAGUUGAACCCAGAAGAACUAAAGUGUCUGGAAAGGAUAAAGAUGAAAGGAGUCACAGCCUGACAUUUAAUGAGGCGCACUCUCACAACAAUAGUGGGAAGUGGAAUGACCUUCUUGAUGAGAUCAAUCGGGUGGAAGAGACCAAGCAUGGCUUCACAACUAACUUUAAGAAGCUCUUGGGAAAGCACAGUCAAAAUAAGGAGAAAGCAACUACUCCAAAGGAGAAGAAUGGAAGCUUGCAUAGCAAAUCCAGAGGUUCUAUUGAAUCUGUACUAGAAGAUCACAGGAAGGAUGUAGCUAAGGGGGAUUCAUUGAAACGCCCCAAAUCGCCCAAUCCUCUGCUUGCCUGUACAGUGGCGGCAUCCACAAUCUCUCUUUCUGAUGAAGACCAAAAACCAAAUGACAUUGAAUCUCAUGAGAAGCAAGGGACUCAAAGAAAACUUAGUCGGCCUUUCUCUUUUAAGAAAUUGAAGUUUAAGAAAAAGAUAAAAGAUGAAAGCUCAGCGACAGAUACAGCACCAGUGCGUCCUAACUUCUUACCGGUGACGCCUUACUUCGAGUCAGAAGGCUCUCCUCAUUACAAAACUGGUAAACUUGAAGACUCUGAGAUAUAUUCUUUGGCUGCAAAGAAGCUCGAGACUUUGUUAAAACACAAGAAAGUGAAGAGCCCUUUGGAACCUCAACAACCUGUCGGGUAUUCCGAAAAGGUUCCAAGGGCCCCUCCUGCAGCUGGCGCUGAGAACAAUAACGUGACUGCCAACGACAAAGCAGAUGCAGAAGACAAAGAGGAGAUAAUCCGUAAAUUGGUGGUUUUGCUGCAGGAACAGGCUGUUGUAAUCAAUGAAAAGAUCAACAAAGAUCCCUUCCUCAGGACCACGCUCGCUAGAAUGUCAUACGGCAGCUUCUUUCGACUUGCAGAGGUUUUCACAAGCCAGGCCGAGGUUGAGACCACUCAGGUUGGUGCGAGCGUGAGCCCUGAACUGACUAAAAUCGCCCUGACGAUGGAACUGACGAGGAAAGUAGCAGGAAUCAACAGUCAUGCCGUUCACCAACUUAUGGGCUACAGCCUUCAGUACAUGGACAUGUUUGUACCAUGGCUGCAGAAACAAGGAGGCUGGGAAAAUAUCGUGUCUAAUGGAGAUAUUGCUGACUUGCAGAUUGAUUAGUGAAUAUCUACCUCAGUUGCAGACCCUGUCUAAUGGGAAAUGAAAGAAAUUCUAUUUGUCUUGUU